AUGGACCGGCGCACCGUUUCCGGGCCGCCGCCGCUGCUGGUGUGGUUGCUGGUGUCGUCGUGGACGGUGUCCGGCGCGCGGGUCGGGCCGCCGGUGAACGUGGGCACCGUGCUGUACGGGAAACGGGACCUGGCCAAGUACUGGACGGACCGGGAGGCGGCCGGGCUGCGGUGCAGGGAGAUGGCGGACCAGCUGAUACCGAGGCGGAUUCCCGACGGCGCCGCGUUCGUCGAUUACUUCAAACUGAUCGAGGUCCAGUCGUCGCUGACCGUCGACAGCCAGACGAGCAGGAGACGGAUCAUGUCCGCCGUGGCCGACGCCGUCGGCGGUUACGCGUCCGGCGUGCUGUGGCCGCACGUCAGAGCGUCUUAUUACGACGGCCGCGUGCCCUACGACCUGGCCAACCGGCUGUACGGGAUCGUGAGAAAGAUCAAGUAAGAACAGCCGCCGUUCGUUGUCGUUCGGAUAUUCCGCGGGGGGGAGGGGGGCCGGUAGGGGCCCCGCGGACGAGAGAAUCGCGUGUGCGAUGCUUUCGUUUUGACGAGAUUUCCAACGGUUCCGCCCCCGAGGUCCUUUUAUUCAUUUUUUUUUUUUGUUAUUUUUUCUGAAAAACGUGUUCUGAGAAUGAGUAAGUGUCUAAGACGUAUUUGUUUCUACGCGCGUCAACCGUUUAUCCGAUACAGGUACAGUUUGGACACGGACGGCCGUGGUUGGAUAACGGCGCCGGAGCGGGACGAGUCCGAUCCGGCGAGCGUCCGCGCCAACAACGUCGACGACGACUUCGACGACGUCCGAGAUAUCGUGGAAAAACCGUGCGCGGGGUUGCGCCUGCAGCGGGAACCGUCGGCCUACGGCGACGGCGCGGUGGUGCCGAUUCCGACGUUCGACGACAACCGGCACCCCGGGUCGGUGGCCGUGCCGUUCGCCGCCGGCAAAUGGCUGUUCAGCGUGACCGGUCCGCCGGCCGCGACCAACGAGGACGUCCCGUUCCUGGUCCGGUACUACCUGUUGGCGGUCGGGUGCACGUCGACCAACCCGAAUAAUCGGUUCCGGCGGGACGUGAGCGAAUGGCUCAACUCGACCGUGGUGCCGCUGUUGGCCAGCCGCCGCCGCUGGUAUCCAGCGCUGGCCGGUGCGUCACGAGUCGUUAGGGCCGCAGCCAGGGCCGCCGCGAACCGUGCCGCAAACAGGGCCGCGGCCGGCGUCAACAGCGCUAGGGACAAGAGGACGGUGGAAUCGAUGCCGGCCGCGGCACCCUUACCGCCGGAUUUCGGCGUUGACGAUUGGCCCAGUUGCGACGACGGGCCGAGUGGAAAGCUGCCCAAUCCGAACGUGUUUCGGCUUGCCAUUUUGCUGUCCCUGACGACCGUUUGGUUGAGUUUCAAAAUACUAGUCGUACACAAAGGGAUACGCUAUAUACUCGAUGUGCUCGCUCGAUGGUCGCCCCCCAGGCAUAAAUUUUAA